UGAAAGGAUAAACAAGACCCAUUUACAUUAGGGUUUUCUCGUUUCAGUGCCCUCAUAAAACCCUCUUUACACUUCCCAUUUAUCAAAAUUUCUCUCUCCUGCAUUUUUGUACUCGGAGGCGCUCCCGACGAUCUCUAUCUUCUCGUUACGCCCAAGUGAGUAACAAUGGUGAGGAUUAGUGUGCUGAAUGAUGCUCUCAAGACAAUGUACAAUGCUGAGAAGCGAGGGAAGCGCCAAGUUCUGAUUAGGCCUUCAUCCAAAGUCAUCAUCAAGUUUCUACUUGUCAUGCAAAAGCAUGGUUACAUCGGUGAGUUCGAGUAUGUUGAUGACCACCGUUCUGGAAAGAUUGUUGUUGAAUUGAAUGGAAGGCUGAACAAAUGUGGUGUCAUCAGUCCUCGUUUUGACGUUGGUGUCAAGGAGAUUGAGUCUUGGACUGCUAGACUUCUUCCAUCUAGACAGUUUGGAUACAUUGUGUUGACUACAUCUGCUGGUAUCAUGGAUCACGAGGAGGCAAGAAGAAAGAAUGUUGGAGGCAAAGUACUUGGGUUUUUCUAUUAGGAAGUCAUUUCUUGAGUAUGCUGCGAUGUUUUACGCUAUAGAUCAAAAUUGUGAGUUAUUUCGUAAUGUACUGUGGAACAAAAGGAAUCAAGGCCCUGGUUUGGUUUCAAUUUGAGGGCCCUUGUUAAUGUAGGAACUAGUCUCAAUUUUGCAUUCAUGUGUUCUUUUUAUGGUUGGAUUUGAAGUUCUUACUUAACGAAUUUGUUCUUAA